AUGGCCAGCACCCGUGAUUCCCAUUCCUUUGCUUGCGACGAAUGCCGCUUGCGCAAGUCAAGAUGCUCCAAAGAGCGACCAGUAUGUCUGCAAUGCAGACAGUUAAACAAAGAAUGCUUAUAUAGCCCCAAAGUCAGCCGGAGCCCUCUAACUCGACAACACUUGACAUAUGUUGAAGAUCGCCUACAUUCGUUUGAGACAGCCCUAGGAAGGCUAUUUCCAGGUGGUGAUCUAGAUGCUACCCUUCGGUCUCUUCUGCAGAAUCCAGAAGCUCCAAGGGCCCCUUCAUCAAAGUCCUCUUCGAGGCACUCUACGCCGGCUAAGCAUGAGCAAGAGCCUGCCGAGCCAGCACCUGAAGCUCUCCCCCAGCAAGCCGAUGGCUUUGAUUGGGCCGAGAAAGAAAUCACCCUUGGAGAUUUGACCGAUGGAAUGGCUGCACUGUCAAUCAAACCCGAAGGAGCUGGUUACUUUGGAGCUUCAUCAAGUGUUGUUCCCUUGCGAGCAUUAUUCGAUCAUGGGUUCGACUUAAAUAUGCCUGUCCGAUCAGCAAGAUCGGGAGGCGUGCCUCUCAAGGCGCAGCUCCUUGAAAGCGCCCCAUCAGGGUUGAUCGAACAAGCUUUCAUCGAUGCUUUCUUCCUCAACUACCACACCAGCUAUCCAUUUGUCCACGAGCCAACUUUUAGGGCACAGUUCAAUGAGCCAUCUAUUCGCCCGCAUGGCACCGCGUGGCACAUCCUUCUCAACACAAUAUUAGCCCUAGGGGCAUGGUGUAUUGGUGAUGACAGCUCUGACCUCGAUAUCACCUUCUACCAAGAAGCCAGAGGAUACUUACAACAGGCUUCUGUGUUCGAGACCGGAAAUUUGACAUUGGUGCAGGCGCUUUUGUUACUGAGUAACUAUGCCCAGAAGCGAAACAAGCCAAAUACCGGAUGGAAUUAUCUCGGCUUAGCCGUUCGAAUGGCCAUGAGUUUGGGUCUUCACAAAGAGUUCCCCGGCUGGAAGAUUAGCUUGCUGCAACGAGAAAUCCGGAGAAGGUUGUGGUGGGGCGUAUUUAUCUUUGACAGUGGCGCAGCAAAAACCUUUGGAAGACCAAUUCUCCUACCCGAAGAGUGCGUCAUGGAUGCCAAGCAAGUGCGGAAUAUCCAUGAAGAUGAAUUGACACCAACCACAACUACACUUCCCGACGAAUCUCUCGGCCCGACCAUCUACUCUGGCUUGAUUGCCCAGGCUCGAUUCCACCUCCUUACCAAUAGCGUCUAUCAGCGUCUCAUCUCGAGCCCUAGCCCAACAGCCGAAGACACGUUGAGCCUUCAAAAGCCCAUCGAAGAGUGGUACAAUAGUCUUCCAUCCUACCUGCAACACCCGCAAAUGCCUUUAUCCGUGCAACCAACGAAUCCGGACCCCGAUUCACUCGCUCUCGUCCGCAACCGCCUACUAUGGCGAAACUGGAACCUUACCAUCCUUAUCCACAGACCCAUUCUCCUUCGCUGGGCCGCGAGACGUUGGAACCCACUUAGCGGCAUGCCAGGCACUCCAGAUGCAGGAACCGAAGAUCCAAGCGAGACAGAAUGCCGAGUGCGCUGUCUUCAGAACGCCCGGUUGACCAUCUCCUCCAUCUCUGAUUACAUGGAGAACUAUAUCUGCACGAGACUUGGCGCAUGGUACAUGCUAUACUUCCUCUUCCAAGCUGGCCUCAUUCCCAUCGUCUUCUUCAUGACGGACCCAUCCAAUCCAGACGCCGCAACCUGGCUUCAGGAUAUCGAGACCACCAAAGCUCUCCUCACCCAUCCAUCACUCGGUACCAACCGCUUCGCAACUCGUUGUUACGAAGUCAUCAACCGACUCCUGGGCCCACCCACCAAUCCUCAACCACAAGGCAUCCCCGCCACCGGCCCAUACGAAGCCCAUCAACAACCCAUGCACCAGCAUAUACCCCAACAACCGCAGAACAUGAUGCCAUUCCCCGAACAGCUAUUUGGCGAUCCUGGAUUCGGCGGAAGUCUCUUCCCAGUAGAGCAGCAGAUGCAGAUGAAUGUUGGAGGCAUGGACUUUUCGGAAUGGGUCAACUUUCCACCUGCGGAAUAA